AUGUUGUAUUUCCGCCAAAUUUCCGCUGGAGGUGGCACUGCCACAUUCAGCCCUUUCCGACAUCAUCCAUCACAAUCGCAGCAGCCCUUCGAGCACGACGCGGCUAGGCAGCGAUGUCGCUUGCAAAUUAACCUAUCAAGCGGAGCUCUCAAGACCGCUUAUCUGGAUGUCCUUAACGGGCCCAACAAAGACUGGGUAAUAUACACGUACGAGGCUGGUUCGAAUGACCUCAAGGUGCAGGCCACAGGCGAUGGUGGACUUGAAGAGCUCGAGGAAGAGUUCAGUGAUGGGAGAAUACAGUACGCCUUUGCCCGGGUAAGCAAUCUUCCCAAGUACGUUCAGAUAAACUGGUGCGGUGAUGGUGUUCCAGAGGCGAAGAAGGGGCUUUUCCAUACCCAUUCGAGUGCCGUAGGGCGGCAAUUGCUGCAUGGUGCUCAUGUUGUACUAAGCGCUCGGAAUGAGGAAGACGUGACUCCAGAACUUAUCAUGAAACGCGUCGAGGCGGCCUCAGGUGCAAGGUACACUGCUCAGAAGGAAGCUCCUAGGAAGUACGAGCCGAUAGCGCCGGUGGGGUCCAGUUAUACCCCGGUAGGAAAGGUCGAUAUUGCUGCACUCAAGGCGACGAAACCUGCACCAUCGCCUUCUGCUGCUACUUCAAGACCGUCUCUUCCUACUGCUACUAGACCGGUAUUUGGCGCGUCAAAACCGGCAACUGCCUCUGCAGCGUCGCUCUACGGACGUACGGCACCUGCUAGCAAAGGACCAGCUCCGGCAGACGCAUGGCCUGAAGAAACCCCUGUUGCAGCAGCGCCGUCGCCGCCACCACCACCACCUGCAGCGUCGCGUCCACCGGUCCUACCAACCGCACCACGCCCGACACCCUCCACUGCUUCCGUUCCGGUUUCAAUAACUCCUACCAAACCUACGGAAGACGAUCUCAUUGCACCUGUUGGAACGGCUUAUACACCGGUCUCCCUACCCGCACCCAGGAAGCUGAAGAACCCGUUCGAAGGCCGGUUCCAGCAGCAGGAAGAACCGCAGAGAGUUACGCCAGUGAAAAAGGGAUUGACAUGGUCGGAGAGACAGGCUCUAGCGAAGAAACAGAGGGAGGAGGAAGAGAGCAGAAGUUUGGCUGCUCAAGCUAAUAUUCCCUCCCCUUCACCAGCCCGGAGGUUUGGUGCCGCUGCUGCCGUAGCUGCCCGCGAACCCGAACCUGAAUCCGAACCAGAGCCGGAAGAAGCAGCGGCACCUCCUCCUCCACCACCACCACCACCGCCACCGCCUCCGCCUCCGAUGGUAGCGGCAGCAGUGGAAGAGGAAGAAACUGCCCCGCCUCCACCUGCACGUUGCUUUCCUCCCUCUCCUCCUCCACCCCCUCCACCGCCAGCACCUAUGCAAAGCAUUGAAGAAACAGCAGCGCCACCACCUCCACCCCCACCGCCGCCUCCACCUCCGCCUCCACCAGUGGCACAAAAAUUCCUAAUUGUCGCUAGAUGCAAUCCCUCGCUGUAUCCGAACCGGAGCCUGAACCUGAACCCUGAACCCGAAGCAGCUGCCGCACAAGGCCAGGGUAUAUGUGCCGUCGUACUGUACGAGUAUGAGGCGACUGAAGACAACGAAAUGACUCUCCUCGAGGGAGAGCUCAUCGAACAAAUCGAAGAGCUUGACGAAGAACAGGAGGCUGCGCCUGUGACCGCUCCCUCUCCACCACCGCGCCCUCCCCCGCCUCCUGCGGCGGACGAAGGAAUCACAGCCAUUGCUUUAUACGAUUAUGAUGCCGCAGAGGACAAUGAGCUCACUUUUAAGGAGGGCGAUAGGAUUACUGAGAUCGAGCCUGCGUCAGAAGACUGGUGGAAUGGAAAGGGACCUGGAGGCGACGUGGGUUUAUUCCCCGCGAAUUAUGUUGAGAUGCAGGAGUGA